AUAAAUUCUAGUGCUGGGCAACGAUUACAAUUUUUAAUCGUAUGAUUUUUUUGCGAUUAAUCGUUUCUGUGUGUCGUAUGUCCCUUUGACAUUGUCUGCUUAUUGUCUCAUGUAGAAUUGCCUCCAGGCUCGGCUCUUUGACCUGGUGACUAAACGGUCUUUUCAAGUCUUGGUGGUGGUGGUGAUCUGCCUGAACAUGGUGACCCUGAUGGUGGAGUCAGACCAGCAGAGCGAACAAACGGAAAACAUUCUGUUAUGGUUCCACUUCGUUGUCAUCAUCCUCUACUUCACAGAGUUCAUUUUGAAGAUCAUCGCGCUCAGACAGCACUACUUCACCGACAGCUGGAACAUCUUGGACUUCCUGGUGGUCACCAUCUCCAUCCUAGGUCUCACUCCAAACAGUGUAGGUCUCACUACCAACUGUUGCAUUUUUUUUACUGACCUCAUCGAGAAAUACUUUGUGUCGCCUUCUCUCUUCAUGGUGCUGCGAGUGGUGCAUAUCUUUCGUAUCCUCUACUGGGCCAAGGGGAUACGGAAGCUGCUUAAUGCCUUCAUGAUGUCACUUCCUGCCCUCUUCAACAUUGGCCUCCUCCUCUUCAUCAUCAUGUUCACCUCCUCUGUCUUCUGCAUGUUUAACUUUGCCUAUGUGAAGAAGGAGUUUGUGUUGAACGACAUGUUUAACUUUGAGACGUUUGGGAACAGCAUGAUCUGUUUGAUACUGAUGACUACUUCAGGUUCAUGGGGCGAUUUUCUGAUUCCCAUCAUGAACACUGAGCCAGAAUGCGAUCCCGACAUGGAGAACCCAGGAUCCAUGAUCAGAGGAAACUGUGGCAGCCCGGCAGUCGCCAUCGUCUUCAUGGUCACCCACGUCUGCCUGACCUUCCUGCUGGUGGUCCACCUGUACAUCAUCGUCAUCCUGGAGACCUUCAAGUCUGAGGACGCAGAGCCACUGAGUGACAACGACUUCCAGAUGUUUUAUAAAACCUGGAAGAAGUUUGACCCAGAAGCCUCGCAGUUCAUCCAGUACAGGUGAGUCCUUCUCCCUACGGUACAGGUGAGUCCUUCUCCCUAGAGUACAGAUGAGUCCUUCUCCCUAAAGUACAGGUGAGUCCUUCUCCCAACAGUACAG